CCCUUGUCUUUCGUAAUAACAUAUUGCCACCCAUUUCCAGAGAGGACACAGCCUCUUUUCUCUCUUACUCAUUCGGCACUUUAAAAUUCAUUUCUUUCUUUUUUCUUUUGACAGUUUUGUUUCUCUCUGAAAAGUUUCCUUCUUUGAUUCAGCCUAUUUUGAAAGUUUCUGUUUUUGUCAAGUCUGUGAUUGGCAUUUUUGGUAUAUAGUUUGGAUCUGAUGUGGUGGGUGAUGGGAGAAGCUGAUGGACAUUACUGUUCUAAGAAGACUGAUGAUAUCUGCGGCGCUCUUUGUAGUCAGGAAACUGGUAGAUUCUCCAGCUUCUCCAGGCUCUGCUGCGCUCUCCGCGGCGUAGACAUGAAGACAUACAUCUUCCUCCUAGUCAUCGUCCCGACAUGCGUCCUCGCCGGCUACAUCCACGGCCAGAAGAUCUCCUACUUCCUCCGCCCGCUAUGGGAAUCCCCGCCCAAACCUUUCCACGACAUCCCUCACUACCACCACUCCAACGCCUCCAUGUCCACUCUCUGCAAACUCCACGGCUGGGGCGUGCGUGACUACCCUAGACGAGUCUACGACGCCGUUCUCUUCAGCAACGAGCUCGACAUUCUCUCUAUCCGUUGGAGAGAGCUCUACCCUUACAUCACUCAGUUCGUCCUCCUCGAGUCCAACUCCACCUUCACAGGCCUCCCCAAGCCUCUCGUCUUCGCCUCCCACAGAGACGAGUUUAGUUUCAUCGAGCCACGUCUCACUUACGGUGCUCUUGGUGGGAGGUUUAUCAAAGGGAUGAAUCCUUUCUACGAGGAGGCCUAUCAGCGAGUGGCGUUAGACCAGCUUCUGAGGAUCGCUGGGAUCACUGAUGACGACUUGUUGCUAAUGUCUGACGUGGACGAGAUCCCGAGUAGACACACUAUAAACCUCUUGAGAUGGUGCGACGAGGUGCCUAAGAUACUUCACUUACGGCUCAAGAACUAUCUUUACUCGUUCGAGUUCCUUGUUGACAACAAGAGCUGGAGAGCUUCCGUGCACAGAUACGAGACGGGGAAGACGCGGUACGCUCAUUACCGACAGUCUGAUGAGAUCUUGGCUGAUGCGGGAUGGCAUUGCAGCUUCUGCUUUAGACGGAUUAGUGAGUUUGUAUUCAAGAUGAAGGCUUAUAGCCAUAGUGAUAGAGUGAGGUUUAGCCGUUUCUUGAAUCCUAAAAGGGUUCAGAGAGUUAUAUGCAAAGGGGGUGAUCUUUUCGAUAUGUUGCCUGAAGAGUAUACUUUCAAGGAUAUUAUAGGGAAGAUGGGUCCGAUUCCUCAUUCUUUCUCCGCUGUUCAUCUUCCUUCUUAUCUCCUAGAGAAUGCGGACAAGUAUAGAUUCCUCUUGCCGGGAAAUUGCAUCAGAGAAAAGGAAUGAUUGAUUUGAAUCUUCACCAGACAAGACUCCUAAACGUCUGACUUCUCUCGUUGAUUAUGAAGAUCUCUACAUUGAGAGGAGAAAAAGGUUGGCUUGAGUUCUCCUGUGGAGUAAUAACAAUUACACAACUGAUGGAUAUUAUCCCUGUGUUGUUUGUCUUGAGGCGUAUUGUUGUCAGGGGAAGCUGCAGCGCAUUUUAUCAGGCAUUUCCGAGAAGAUUUUUUUGUAAAUAGAUCUCUUUGUUUCUUCAGGAUUCUGAUUUUGGAAUCAGGCAUGAAAACCUUCAUUUCUGUGAUCUUAUGUCUUCAAACAUACAUGAGGUGAGUAUGUAUGUGUUCUUCUGAGUUUCUACUUUGGCAAGUUUUGCAUCAAUAUUAAGAGAUUUUUUUCACA